AGAGGAUCUGACAGGAUGAAGAAAUGGGGGAGCUCAGACUUAUGGGAAUCUCAGGACCUGCCUCAAGAGGACUCCUGCCCAGAGCCCCUAGAUGGAGACCCUAACUCCAGGCCAGCUCCAGCCAAGCCCCACAGCUUCCCUGUGGCCAAGAGCCGCAGCCGGCUCUUUGGAAAGGGUGAUUCGGAGGACACAUCCCUCAUGGACUGCUCUUCUGAGGAAGGUCAGCUGGCAUCCUGCCCGGCCAUCACAGUCAGCCCUGUUGUCAUCGUCCAGAGGCCUGGGGAUGGUCCCACCUGUGCCAGGCAGCCGCCCCAGGACUCUGCUGCCGAGAACCUCAAGCUCUACGAUCGCAGGAAGAUCUUUGAAGCAGUUGCUCAGAAUAACUGCAAGAAGCUGCAGAGCCUGCUGCUCUUUCUGAAGAAGAGCAAGAAGCAUCUCACGGACAGCGAAUUCAAAGACCCGGACACGGGGAAGACCUGCCUGCUGAAAGCCAUGCUCAACCUGCACAACGGGCAGAACGACACCAUCCCGCUGCUCCUGGAGAUCGCCCGGCAGACGGACAGCCUGAAGGAGCUGGUCAACGCCAGCUACACGGACAGCUACUACAAGGGCCAGACGGCACUGCACAUUGCCAUCGAGAGACGGAACAUGGCACUGGUGACCCUCCUGGUGGAGAACGGGGCCGACGUCCAGGCCGCGGCCAAUGGGGACUUCUUUAAGAAAACCAAAGGGCGGCCUGGCUUCUAUUUUGGUGAGCUGCCCCUCUCCCUGGCUGCGUGCACCAACCAGCUGGGCACCGUGAAGUUCCUGCUGCAGAACUCCUGGCAGUCGGCCGACAUCAGCGCCAGGGACUCGAUGGGCAACACUGUGCUGCACGCGCUGGUGGAGGUGGCUGACAACACGGCCGACAACACCAAGUUUGUGACGAGCAUGUACAAUGAGAUUCUGAUCCUGGGGGCCAGACUCCACCCUGCGCUGAAGCUGGAGGAGCUCACCAACAAGAAGGGGCUGACGCCGUUGGCUCUGGCUGCCAGGAGUGGGAAGAUCGGGGUCCUGGCCUAUAUUCUCCAGAGGGAGAUCCAGGAGCCCGAGUGCAGGCACCUGUCCAGGAAGUUCACCGAGUGGGCCUAUGGGCCCGUGCACUCCUCACUGUAUGACCUGUCCUGCAUCGACACCUGUGAGAAGAACUCAGUGCUGGAGGUGAUUGCCUACAGCAGCAGUGAGACACCUAAUCGCCAUGACAUGCUCUUAGUGGAGCCGCUCAACCGCCUCCUGCAGGACAAGUGGGACAGAUUCGUCAAGCGCAUCUUCUACUUCAACUUCUUCAUCUACUGCCUGUAUAUGAUCAUCUUCACCACGGCCGCCUACUACAGGCCUGUGGAAGGCCGGCCUCCCUUUAAGCUGAAACACACCGUUGGGGGCUAUUUCCGAGUCACUGGAGAGAUUCUUUCUGUAGCAGGGGGAGUCUACUUUUUUUUCCGAGGGAUUCAAUAUUUCCUGCAGAGACGGCCAUCACUGAAGACCUUGUUUGUGGACAGCUACAGUGAGAUGCUUUUCUUUGUGCAGUCACUGUUCAUGCUGGGGACCGUCGUGCUAUACUUCUGCCACUGCAAGGAGUACGUGGCCUCCAUGGUUUUCUCCCUGGCCAUGGGCUGGACCAACAUGCUCUACUACACCCGCGGCUUCCAGCAGAUGGGCAUCUAUGCUGUCAUGAUUGAGAAGAUGAUCCUGAGAGACCUGUGUCGCUUCAUGUUUGUUUACCUCGUUUUCUUAUUUGGGUUUUCCACAGCGGUGGUGACACUGAUUGAGGAUGGGAAGAAUGACUCCGUGUCGGCUGAGUCGACGUCGCACAGGUGGCGAGGUCCUGGCUGCCGGCCAUCCGACAGCUCCUACAACAGCCUGUACUCCACGUGUCUGGAGCUGUUCAAGUUCACCAUCGGCAUGGGCGACCUGGAGUUCACGGAGAACUAUGACUUCAAGGCUGUCUUUGUCAUCCUGUUACUGGCCUAUGUGGUUCUCACGUACAUCCUCCUGCUCAACAUGCUCAUUGCCCUCAUGGGUGAGACGGUCAACAGGAUCGCACAGGAGAGCAAGAACAUCUGGAAGCUGCAGAGAGCCAUCACCAUCCUGGACACGGAGAAGAGCUUCCUUAAGUGUAUGAGGAAGGCCUUUCGCUCAGGCAAGCUGCUGCAGGUGGGGUACACAGCUGACGGCAAGGACGACUACAGGUGGUGUUUCAGGGUGGACGAGGUGAAUUGGACCACCUGGAACACCAACGUGGGCAUCAUCAAUGAAGACCCGGGCAACUGUGAGGGCAUUAAACGCACCCUGAGCUUCUCCCUGCGGUCGGGCCGAGCUGCAGGGAGGAACUGGAAGAACUUUGCCCUGGUUCCCCUCUUAAGAGAUGCAAGUACUCGAGAAAGGCACCCUGCCCAGCCUGAGGAAGUUCAUCUGAAGCACUUCGCGGGGUCCCUCAAGCCAGAAGAUGCCGAGAUUAUCAAGGAUUCUGCUGCUUUAGGGGAGAAGUGA